CAUCAUCUCUCUCUCUCUCUCUCUCUCUCUCUCUCAUCUCUUCCAUUUCCAUUUUUCCCCACCACACCAAACCUAGCUUUCCUUUUCUCUUUCGCUUGCUUUCCCAACAGUACACCCACCAAACCAGAAAUAUAAAAUAAAAUAAAAAAUGGGAAAAAGGCCCUCCUUUUCCUUUUGCUCUUUCCUCGGUCUAAUCAACUUUGCUUCAAAUUAACCCUCCCUUAAACCCAGCCCCCCCCUUCACACCUUCCGCUUUCUUAUAACCUUUUUUCCUCUUCUUCUUGCUAAUAUACUUUCUGGGUCUGAUUCUUUUUGUUGAAUUCUAGCACAGAAAACGAUAAAAGAAAUGCAGGGUGUUAUGGGUGAUGGUGGAGGAGUAGUAUCUGGAGGAGGUUCAGCAAGUGGGUCUAUGUCUACGGUCUCCAGAGAUGACAAUUUGGUCCUCUCUUCUGAGGAUUCGUCGAGCCCAGAUGAGUCUGAGCUUGAACUUGCUCUUGGAUUGAGCAUUGGUUGUGCUUCUGGUGGUUUAACGAAGUUCCAGCAAACUCUAAGGUGUCAAUAUGCUAGGUUCUUGACGGCUAAGGAUUUCCCUCCGCUGGUUUCUUCAGCUUCAUCUUCCUCAUCAUCAUCAUCAUUAUCGGCGUCGUCUUCUUCCAGCUCAUCUUCAUCUUCCUUGAGCAGAGCUAAUGUUACAGCCGGGACAAAGAGAAGUGCUGAUUCUGUGGCAGUCCCUAAUGGUUCCAGUCAAGUUGUGGGAUGGCCUCCACUCAGAGCUCACAGAAUGAAUAGCUUGGUUAACCAUGUAAAAUCACCAACCGCUGAAGAAUUCAACUCGGUAGGUGAAAAAAGUAGAUGCACAAAUGCCAUGAGUGCCAGGGCUGACAAUGGGUGUGACAAGAAGAAUGGAAAUUACAUGGAGAAAGGACACAAAUCCCUUUUUGUGAAGGUGAACAUGGAUGGAAUCCCAAUUGGGCGGAAGGUUGAUCUGAGUGCUCAUAAUGGCUACGAAGCCUUGGCAAGGACAUUGGAGGAUAUGUUCCAUGGACCCACACCACUAGUCAACUCUUUGCGAUCAAAUGGGGAGAAACAUGAUACUGUGGUAAGAGCAACAGGACCUUCAAGGCUGCUGGAUGGUUCUUCUGAAUUUGUGCUCACUUAUGAAGACAAAGAAGGAGAUUGGAUGCUUGUUGGAGAUGUUCCUUGGAGGAUGUUUCUUAGCUCUGUGAAGAGGCUCAGAAUUAUGAAGACAUCCGAGGCAAAUGGACUUUCUCCGAGGCUACAAGAAAAGAGCAGAAGGCAAAGAUGCAAACCAAUCUAGAUGCUACCAAGAUGAGAACAAAUGCGUAAAAGGCGGUAUCUAAAAAAGUGAUACCCUUAUGAGUGAAUUUAAAAAAAAAAAAAGAAAAAAAAAGAAAAGGGUCGGCAGCUCUUCUGUUCAGCUUGGUUGCCAUUUCUGGUAAUUUUCAUUUUUUUUUUUUUUUAAAUUCUUGCUACUCUUUGGAUGGGAAUAUCUCCCUGCUUUCAAGAACCAAUCAUAUUAGCUUCGAGUCUCAGUAACUAAUAUACACUCUGCAUAUGCUGUGGCGAAUGCCUGUUUGUUUAUGUUGUAAAUAUGGGGAUGCACAUUUGAUUUUGUACUCUCUACACACCUUAUGGGCUCCCCCAAAAAAUAAUAACAAUAAUGGAGAGGAAUGGUGUGAUAUUAUGUAUUUUAAACCUUAGAAGUACAAUGGUUGGCACGUUUUCCCA